UCCAUGACGACGCGGCGUCUCUGGCUCCCAGUUCCGGACCCCGGCUCUCCGCGUCCGCCCUUCGGAGGAUCGGCUUGAGAGGGCAGCUAUGCUCCCGAACCCUCCAACUUCCCAGCUCCUGCAGGUGCAGGCUUGGUGUCCCGCGGCCGCCGGGGCUCCGCCCACGAAGGUAGGAUCAGCGUGGCUGGAGUGAUCCACCCCCAACAGGAAGUCUAGCGUGGGGGAGACAGAAAACAUGAUGAUUCCACCAAAGGAAGCAGUGUCACAUAAAUGCCUCUUUGGACAAAGACCAAGAUUGGCAAGCAAAUUUUAUUCUUCACCAACACAAGUCUCUCUAAGUGUAGCUAAGACAUUCUCAGAAAAGAAGGAAGUCUUUUCAAAGAAGAUUGAAAAUAAAGUCUCUUUACACAAUACUGGAAGGAGUGUAAUUCCAAGGAAUACCGGAAAGAAAGGUGAAGGUGGAAAAAAUGCAGUCAUUGAAAAGCAGGAGAUUAAUGCCUGUUGCCUUCAAGAUACUGAUAAGCUGUCAGAAUCAGCGCAUGGGGAUGAAGGUGACACCAAUGAUGAAGAUGGUAACCCUAAAAAAGACACUCGUGCCCCAUUAGAGUUAAUGGCUGAAUUUCUGAGAGCCGAAAUGGGCCGAGAUUACCACCUGGCAAAAAAAUUAUGUCAGAUGAUCCUCAUCUAUGAACCAGAAAAUCUUGAGGCCAAGGAGUUUUCCUUACUUAUUGAAGAAAUAUUGCUGAAGGAAGAAGCUCAGAAUCCUGAGGGCAAUGAGGAAGAUGAAGAAGACAGCAGCACCGAGAGUGAAGAAGAAAGCAGUGAGGACACGAGCGCCGAGAGUGCUGACGAAUACAAAGAUGGAUCAUGACUGUCGCCAUGGUGGCUUCCGCGUCAUGCGUUUUCAUUCAUGUAUACCAUACAAAUAUAAAGAAGACUGUUUGCUGUGUCCUAGUCUAGCUGUGCUUUCUUUGGUACAGAGUUCAUUUAAGCUUUCUAUAUUCUCAGUCUGAGCUCCUCCCUAAUAUUUAGACCUUAGCUCAAUGUGAAUUAUUCAGAGGAAA